UACAACAACUCCAAUUCAUAUUCCUCUCAAUCCUAUUCACCUCGCAUCUCGCCACCACAAUCUCUGAGUGAGUUUUCUCAGUCAGACACUGAGAAUAGCAGUUAUGGUGUGGUCUCAACUAUGACUUCUUACACCAUCUCUCAAAGUUCCACAACCAAAGGAAGCUCCAUCUCUUCUACAUCCAUGGUCAGUAUCAUUACAUUCAAGUAGACAUUCUGUCCCUCAGUUUCUUACUAUUAUAUUAACAUGGUUUAUGUUCAGAAUCAACAUCUUGAAGCAGAGGAAGCAUUAGAGAUGCUUAGAGCAUUGUCUGAGGAGAAGAUGGAAAGACAUUCAGACAUCCAAGCAGCUGAAAUGGCAAAGCAGUUAGUCAAAAUGGAGAGCCAAAAGAGAAGAUUACUUGAGCUGCAAGCCAAGUUGGGGAAGCAAAAGAUGACCAAUAAUGUCUCUUACAGACGUUACAGUACCGAAGAUGUUGAAGAAGCAACCAAUGGUUUCUCAGAUGCUCUAAAGAUUGGAGAAGGAGGGUACGGACCUGUCUACAAGGCUGUCCUAGACUACACUUUUGUCGCCAUAAAACUCAUGAAGUCAGGUAUCACACAAGGCCUGAAACAGUUCCAACAAGAGGUUGAGGUUCUGAGUAGCAUGAGACACCCUAACAUGGUGAUCCUCCUCGGUGCAUGUCCUGACUAUGGUUGUCUUGUUUAUGAGUACAUGGAAAAUGGAACACUUGAGGAUCGUCUCUUCUGCAAAGACAAUACACCUCCACUUUCUUGGAGAGCAAGGUUCAGAAUCGCUGCUGAGAUUGGUACAGGACUUCUUUUCCUUCACAGUGCAAAACCUGAACCAUUAGUUCAUCGUGAUCUGAAGCCAGCAAACAUUCUACUUGACAGACACUUCACUAGCAAGAUAAGUGAUGUUGGUCUAGCUCGCCUAGUACCUCCAUGUGGUGCAAAUAGCGUCAGUGACUAUCAUAUAACCGCUGCAGCCGGUACAUUUUGUUACAUAGACCCUGAGUAUCAGCAAACAGGAAUGCUUGGAGUUAAAUCUGAUUUGUACUCUUUUGGUGUGGUGCUUCUUCAAAUCAUAACAGCCAUGCCAGCAAUGGGGUUAGGUCAUAGAGUAGAGACGGCUAUUGAGAAUAACAAGCUAAGUGAAGUUUUGGAUCCAAAAGUAUCAGAUUGGCCUGAAGAAGAGACUCUUGAGUUGGCUAAAUUGGCUUUGCAGUGCUGUGAGAUGAGGAAAAAGGAUAGACCAGAUCUUGCUUCAGUACUGUUACCGGCUCUGAAGAGGCUUAGAGAGUUUGCAAGAGAAGAUCAUGAACCUAUUCAGGACAUAACAUCUCAGAUAUCACAAUGUGACGAACCAGAUCCACUUGCCCCGGUUCCUUCCUCUCAGGUUAGUUUCUUAGAAAAAUGGAUAUAGACCAUGAACUAUGUUUGUGUCAUGUAGAAAGAGGAUGAAUCCUAUUUGAGUAUUGAUACUAAAAUACAUGGAAUUUGGACGUAGAUUAACAAGAAGCUAACUUCGAGAGUACCUGAGACUCAAGAAGAGCGUGCUCAUUUGAAGAUGCGUAGUCAUUCUGUACCAAAAAGUAGACCACCAAGAGCACAGAGAAGGCAGUACAAAGGCAACCGUUGGUCUUUAAUGAGUUGUGCUCCAUCCAAAGUUCAGUGGGGUGGUCUCCCUUAGCGUGUUGGAGCUUAGUAUAUUGUAUAUGAAACAUCUUUAUAGUUUUGGUGAUGUAAAGUGAAACCCUCUUUAAAAGAAUACUUGUUUACUAAUGGAAGAUAGUUUUGCAGAAACUCUAUGCAACUGCAAACACUACAAUUUUAAGACGUUUUAGAGGAUACAAGAAGGAUUACUUGAGGACAUAACUUGUUUCAUAUCAUGUAAGAAAUCACCAGCAACUAAGAUAAUAGUCGUCAGAAAUGAAUUAACAAUACAACAAAACUGCCAAGGUAAAACACAAAACAGUGUUUGUGACUGAUCCCACAUCAUCUGGGAGACUGAGAGAAUGCUAAAGAACAGAAGACACAAUACUGUAUUUGUGUAUUAAUAUUUGAAAAACAUAACUACACAAUAAACAACCAAAGGAACAUACCUAUACAAUAUAGAACCAAAAAAAAAAAACAGAAUUUGUGACUGGUUCUAGUGAAAAGAACCAGAUAAACAUAACUAGACGAUAUUUAUAAAGACAGUGAACAAUAGGGGACAACAAGGACCAGGAUCAGAAAAGGCGUAACUCUGAGAACAACAGGAGAACAAAGUGAUAAGAAAUUCUAGAAAAAAAAAUGUUCACCACUUCAAGUCUGAUACAACACAUAGAUCAAUCAAACGAUAGCAUAAACUGUAG